GGGCAAGCAUUUGCCGUUCUCUUCACAGCUCAAGGACAAGAAAGAUACGCUACGCUUGGACCUUCAUUUAUUGUUACUUCUAAUUCUGAUCCGAACAGCCAGCCACCACUUCGCGCAGGAGAACUCGAGAGUCAUUCAGAAAAGGAAAAUAAUGCAAUGAAGAGAACGAACGGAAAUAAUUGGGUACACGUUUUGUGUAUCUUCAGAGCCAAACUCCCUAUGAAACGUAUGACAUCUGCACGGGGUAUGAAUAAUAAUAAUAUGAUGACAAUGGCCUCGGUGCCAAGCGAACAUGGAGAUCCUUUGUUUCGUAACACGAAGAACAAGAUUGUAUCAUUAUCAAAUAAAAAUCGAAAGUCGAAUUCUGCAAGAAAUAUUUGGGCAA